AUGGUGUCAAUUCCCAGGAAUACCCAGUCCUCGAGCGUGCAGGUCAAGAGACGACUGACCACCAGGUCUGAGGAAGUUCAAGAGGUUAAGAGGCACCGAAGGCAGGAUGGAGUGAACGCGGGGGCGAGCCAAGGCUGCCAAGGCCUGGAGGCGAUUCAAGAGGACAGGGAUGCCACAACGGCCUACCAGCAGCAAGUAAUCAGUCACCUGAGCAAAAUCACGCGGUUGUUAGAAGAAAUUGCCACUCAACAGAGGGACUCAAUACGGCAGAUGAGGACAGUCACAGAAACGACCGGACUCCAGCAGGUUCGCAUUGAGGCUAUACAGUCGAACCUCACCAAGAAGGCGACGCAAGGGGUACAGCUGUACGCCAGUCUGGAGGCCAGCAACCCUGUCUCUGACACCCCCGUGUCUCACACGCAGGCUGAUCCACCACCAGAACACAGGAACAAUAACAAUGAAGUUAGGAGAUCAGACAGGAUCAGAAAGAAACCUUCAAGGUUAGAUGAUUAUGUAUGA